AUUCCUGGAAAGCAGAUAGGGAGAAGCUGCCGCGCGAUUCCUGGGAGCGAGCGCCGGUUCAGCGAAGGCAGGAGCCUGCGGGAGAGACGGGUCUCCAGAAAAAAACAAAAAACAAAAAACGAGCAGACAAAACAUGACGGUGCUCCGCGCGGCUUGAUCCUGGGAAUUGAGCGUAAAAAAAAAAAGCAAAAUCCGUUUAAUCAGCAAACACGCAGAAAGCAGUCGCCGUCCUUCACAUGAGCGAGACAACCGGCGGUGGCCGGUGCGGAAUGGGAGUUGGUGCGGCCGGUGUGACGUCAGAGCCGCCGGUGCUGUUCUCAGAAUAGACUUCUAGGAAACGGCAAUUUUUAAAAGCCGAGCUUUUACACUCUGCCCUCCACGCACUUCGAUCCCAUUCUGGUGACAACACACUCCAACCCGCUGCUACGGAGAUUUUUUUAAUGUUUAUGAUGAAAUUCAUUGUUUUCAUUUUUUAACUGAACGUUUUCUAUCCAAGUGGUUUUUUUGUAUCCGGUGUUUUUAUAUAAACUACAGGAACAAACCCGUACCGGAUACACGGUGCUCUUUUAUUGUCCCACUCGUAUCUCACCGAUGGUAACGCUCAUUUUCUCGCUAAAUUGUUUUUUAUUUCUUUAGAGCCCAGUCUCUAUAUGUUUUGCUUAAUUUUUGAAGGAGAAAUACUGACCGGAUCGUAGCCCACAGGAUUCAAGAAAUAGUAUGAUUCUUUGUGUACCAGGUCCGAGAGCUUGUCUGUCCGAUGAUCCGUCCACUGAAACCCCACGGGGUAUGCGGGCAGAAACUGUACCUUCCACCCCAUGCCUUCACAUUCACAGCACCCCUGCACUAUGGGACCCCACAAAGGACCUGCGGGCAAUCGCAAGCAACUUCUGCUAUCUAGAAAAUUCAGGAUGGUACUGGGGAGCUGUAACUGCAGCUCAGGCCCACGCUGCACUUCAAGAGGCAUCUGAAGGAGCGUUCCUGGUGCGAGACAGCAGCCACCCUCUGUACAUGCUGACCCUCUCGGUCAGGACUGUGCGUGGUCCCACCAGUAUACGGAUCCAGUACAGCUGCGCCCAGUUUUUGCUCGACUCCUGCUCCCCAGCCCGGCCCAGCCUGUCGUCCUUCCCCAACGUGCCCAGCCUGGUGCAGCACUACAUGGGACCAGAGAGGAAAGCAGAGGAGGGGAAGGUGUUUGAGGACACGCCUUCAAAACCCUCUCAGCAGACAAUUCAGGAGACAUCUGUGGUGUUAAAACUGAAGCGGGCUGUGUUCAAGCCCCAGGGUCUGCCCUCUUUACAGCACCUCACACGCCUCGUUAUUAACAGGAACUCGGACUGCCCCGACCAGCUACCACUCCCGAGGCCUCUGCUGAGCUACAUACAGGACUAUCCCUUCAAGGUAUAAACGGUCUCUCAAGUCUAUUAUUACGACAUAAAGGAAAAAAAAAAACUGUCAAACAGGUCCUGUCCUACAAAGACUGCUGCGCAAGCAGUUGGAGGCCAGUCCCGUAAAUUCUAGACACAGGUCAAGUCUUUGCUGAAGAAAUGUGCACAAGUUCAGUUAAUACUGACGCGGCUGGUUUCAGACUUGAUUUGUCGAGGACCGAGUGACUAAGUACCAGAAAAGAAGACGACAUGUGAGCAAGCCUCAGUACUGUAAUCCUUUAUUUCAUGAUGGAUGUGGAAAUUGUCCAUACCUGUAUUACCAUAAUCAGUUUUGGAAGUACAUACUGUUCCUCAGAAGUACACUAAUUCCAUUGAGACAUCUUUUAUGCCAUUUUAUUUUUCUCAGUAAAACAUUUUUUCUACCUUUCACAUGUGUAGAUUUUUCUAUUAAAAUAACUGAUUGGAGUCAAA